AUGUCACAGCAAUCACGAUCAAAUAAAUCAGAAAUCACUGAUUCUAAACAACUAAUAAAUAUUUAUAAGAAAAAGGGGAAAUUUGAUAAUCAAAGGAAGAAGCUAUUAGAUAAUUUUAAACAAUCUCAGACAUAUACAAAUUUACUUCUUAAAUUAAAGUUAUUAAUAGAGGCAAAAGUGAAACAAGACCCAUCAAUUUUGAUGAAAAAUAAAGGUAAAAUGGCAGCUUUAAUUCAAGGUGAAAUAACAACCAAUGAUAAUAAUGAAUUGUUAAGUAUAGUUGAUAAAGAUAUUCAGGAUAAGAUUCUUGAUAGUUAUGAAUUUCAUAAUUUAAUUAAAACUGAACUUAUUGAUAUAAAACAAGAAAUUUCUGGUGAUAAUGAUGAAGAACUAUCGAAUUUGAAGAAACAAGAACAACUUAAGUUAGAGAGGUUAAAAUUGGAAUCUAAGUUAACAAACUUGAAAGUGAUACAACAACAUCAUGACCUGAAUCCAGAGCUGCGUGAUGGUAGUUAUGGUAAAAACAACAAAAUUAACUACAAUAAUAACAUGAAAAGCAACAGCAUGAAUUCAAAUCAUAGAAUAAACAAACCAUCAAGAUUCAACUAUAGAUCUGAGAAUAAUUCCAACAACAAUGCUAGUAGUAGUAGUACUAGCCAUAAAGAAGACGAACUGAAUAAGAGAAAGAAGAAGGACAAAAUUCCGUUUAUGAUGUAUUAA